UUUCACGGCGGGGCCUGGUAAUUCGUGGCCUAACGAAUAGACGGCGGUCACGGCUAAAUUUGAAAACGAGUUGGAGGAUUACAUAGUCGUUGGGCGAGACUGGAAUUGGCUCCCCGUACAAUGAAGGUGAAAAUCCUCUCCCGCAAUCCGGACGAUUACGUUCGAGAAACGAAGAAUGAUAUUCAGAGAGUUCCAAGGAAUUAUGAUCCUGUACUGCAUCCUUUCGAGGUACCAAGGGAGUACACGAGAGCACUGAAUGCAACCAAGCUGGAACGGGUUUUUGCUAAACCUUUUGUAGCAUCAUUGGAUGGUCAUGGAGAUGGAGUGCAUUGUAUGGCCAAACACUUUAAGAGUUUGUCCAGAAUAAUCUCUGGAGCUUGCAAUGGCGAGAUUAAAAUUUGGAACUUAAUGAAUCGUCAAUGCAUCCGCACUGUACAAGCACAUUCUGGUUUUGUCAGAGGGCUCUGUUCCAGAUUCUGUGGUACAUCCUUCUUCUCAGUUGGUGAUGAUAAGACCAUCAAGCAAUGGAAAAUGGAGGGUCCUUCAUUUGAGGAGCAAGAAGAACCAAUACACACAAUACUAGGCAAGACUGUUUACACAGGAAUUGAUCACCAUUGGAAGGAUGGUGUGUUUGCAACUUGUGGACAGCAGGUGGACAUUUGGGAUGAGCAGAGGACCAGCCCAAUCCGCUCGUUUACUUGGGGUGUGGACAGUAUCAGCAGUAUUAAAUUCAACCCAAUAGAGACUUACCUUCUUGCAAGCUGCGCUUCAGAUAGAAGUAUUGCUCUGUAUGACAUGAGACAGGCAACCCCCUUGAAAAAGGUAGUCAUGGACCUACGGACUAAUGCUAUAUGUUGGAAUCCCAUGGAGGCCUUUAUUUUCACUGGAGCAAAUGAGGAUUACAAUUUAUACACAUUUGACAUGCGCUAUCUUGAUAGCCCUCUAACAGUGCACAUGGAUCACGUUUCAGCAGUACUUGACGUUGAUUACUCUCCAACAGGAAAAGAAUUUGUCUCGGCCAGCUUUGAUAAAUCCAUACGUAUUUUCCCUACAAACAAAGGGCAUAGCAGGGAGGUGUACCAUACAAAACGUAUGCAGCACGUGAUGUGUGUAAAGUGGUCUGCUGAUAACAAGUAUAUACUUUGUGGUUCUGACGAAAUGAAUAUCCGUUUGUGGAAGGCUAAUGCUUCUGAAAAGCUUGGUGUACUUUCACCAAGAGAAAAAGCUAGUUUGAACUACAACCAAAAACUGAAAGAAAAAUUCCAGCAUCACCCUCACAUCAAACGCAUAGCCCGUCACCGCCAUUUGCCGAAAAUGAUUUACAGUCAGUCAAAGGAACUCCGUAUCAUGAGGGAAGCUCGUCGCAGAAAGGAAUUGAAUCGGCGCAAGCACAGAAAACCAGGCUCUGAACCAUUUGUGUCCGAGAAGAAGAAGCAUAUUGUGGCUGUGGUAAAAUAGUUUUUCUCUGAGAACAAAACAUAUUAAGCAUUGGAUAAGAUUACAGAAGUAAUUUUGUUAAAACUGGAUGGGAGGUAAAAGUAAUGUUGCCUCAGUCCUGCAGAUACUCAUUUCAGAAAUUGGGAUAAACAUUAGAAAUAUAUCUUCAUAAAUAAUUUUAUGUAUAAGCUGUUUCAAUGGACAUAUUUAAAUUAUCUGGAUAUAAAUUUUCUAGUAAUGUAUCAUGUGGAACUAAAACUAUGCCAACCAUCUAGCAACUGAGAACUUUUUAUAUUAUUAAAGCCUCUGCUCAAUAGCUUCUAGAAAUUCUAUUCCUAUCUAUUAAUGGUAGUAAUAUUAAAGUAUAAAGUCAAGAUAAUUGAAUUC